AUGUCGAGGCUCCUGCGCGGCUCCCUCCGUACCGCACCCGGACCAGGAGGAGCAGGCUCCAUCGGCCACUUCACACAACCCUGUCGGAAGAUCGUCCUCAACUACUGCCAACACUCGCCCGCCUCCAAGGGAGUCAGGGAUUGGCUCAGCUUCGGUCUCAGGAACGAUUGGCAAAGGAUAGGAGCUCAAAACGGCGUGAGCGUGGUGGGCGAAAAGGGUCCGCUGGACGCUGCGAAGAGUUGGCCUCAGAUUGAGUGGGUGAUCCAGGAGGGAAAGAGGGGGACGGAGCCUACCGUCACGGCAUACUAUGUUAAUUCGCGGACAAAGACAAUUCCCCUACACAUGCUCUCGGCGACAGCUCUACCGCCGAAGCUGCACCUGCUAGUCUCAUCAACUGGACGCAAGCUGGCAGGAUCCCAGUCGAGGCAAGGCCACAACACGAGCGAGGCAAGGAAUUACAAGAAGAGGGUGGUGGAGAGUGUCCGAGGUGCUGAGCCUGUCAGAGGUCACUGGAGUGGAUUCGGAGCUAGUGGAAGCUAA